AUGUUAUCUCUUCACAGUCACAUCGCGACAUGGCUCCUCUCCAUGCUCGCUAACACCCUUUUUGGGCGGGUAGUAACAGCCGAAACCAUUGUCAUCAAAGCGGACGGGCUCGUCUUUGGCCCGGAGAUCAUCACCGCCAACAAGGGCGAUAUCCUCGAGUUUCACUUUUUACCUAGCAACAACUCGGUCGUCAAGGGCUCCUUUGACCACCCGUGCGAGCCUGCGACGGCUGAUACCGAGGAACGGUUUUUCUCGGGGUUUUUGCCGGCGAAGAGUAAUGAAGAGAAUCCCUCAAUCUUCCGCGUAACCAUCGGCUCCACAGCCCCCUUUCCCUUCUACUGCUCCACCCCCGCCCACUGUUCAAAGGGCAUGAUCGGCAUUGUCAACGGUUCUCCCGACCAACUCGCCCAAUACAAAGACCAAGCAACCCGCGAAGCCGCCGCCCAGCCCAACGGCGAUUUCCCCUUUGACAAAAUGAACCCUCCUGACCCCUCUAAGCCGUUCGGCGGCGAACUGCUCAAAAAUCCGGAUUAUGCCGCUUGGUAUGGUGGUGAUUCCUCUUCUUCUACCGGUACUGGGACGGCGACAGGACCACAGGGGAGUGAUGGUUAUGGACAAGGUGCUCCUCCUCCUCCUCCGCCGCCACCGCCUCCACCUACUGCGUCGACACCUGCCGCGUCGACACCUUCUGCUGCUACUGCUACAUAUACAACGACUGGGAGUGGUGAUACUACUACUGGGGCGGUGGGAGGCGUAACGGGGACGGUGGUGACUAGUACGGGAACAUUGACUUAUACGGUGACGAGUGAAAGUGAAAUGCCGACUGCUUCGAGUGCGCCGCCUGCUGCUAAUGGGGCGGUGGUUGUCGGUGCCAGUAGGGGAAUCUUUGGGUUAGUGGCUGGUUUGGUUGCUUUGGUCCUUUGA